AGGGAUUGUGAAAUGGAAAGCCACACAUGCAUGCCGCGUACGCAGGUGUUAUCGCGGCGAAAAUGUCACGGCGUAAUUAGACGCAGACGGAUACGAACAGGGCUACGGAAAAUGGCAGUCCCCUGCCAUCCGCCGAAAGAUGCCCCAUGCACAGUCGAGACCUGUUGAAAUGGCAUGUGUCGGUAGUAUAAUGCAGUCUGACAAACAGCCACAAGCGCAUGUCGCAUGCAAUUAGGCGGUUCUAGGAUUUUUUAAAUGUAUCAGUCUUUAACAUGGAUUGUUCAGCCUAGGGGAGCUAAGUUUCUUAUGUAGAGCAAAGUCCUAUGAAAACUAGUCUUCGCAUUUUGACAACAUAACCCACAAUAGUCAGGGAAAAAAGCAAAUAUUGUCUCCAUGGACGUCGACAAGACGCCUGCAUUUCGCGAUGGCCAUGCGGCGCCGCUGAUACAAGUCCUGGCAUGGUUGUUCAUUUCCUUUUCAGCACUGUCUGUAUUGUCACACUUUGCUACGAAGAAGGCCAUGUCAAGACCAUUCACAAAAGCCGAUGGGAUAUUGUCAACCGCGCUUAUUCUAGACAUAGGGCAGGCUAUCACAUUUCUGAGUCCUGCUGGUCAAGCGAUUGGAAAUUCGCAGUCUGAUUAUCCAAAAAAUACAAUCAUGCAGGCUUGGAAGGCCAUGUACAUUGGAGAUAUACUCUUUGUAUCCACACUCGUUGCUGCAAAGCUUUCGCUAUUGGUUCCUUUUACGACAGUGACACCCGUUGUCAAGCACCGCGUGAUGAUGUACACAACAAGUGCAGUCACUGUUGUGUGGGGUAUAACCGCGGUCUUUCUGAUUGCUUUCCAGUGUCCAUCGCCGCAAAGAUGGGACAUUGAAAACCCGCAAUGUAUGGACUUUCGCAGCAUACGAACAUUCAACGCCGUGAUGAACAUAGUCACCGAUUUGGCACUGGUCACAGUACCUACGUUGAUGGUGAUACCACUGCAAGUUGGAUCCGACAGAAAGCUCACUCUUCUAGUUGGAUUCUGGUGUCGUUUGAUUGUCGUGGGAGCAUCGGCUGUUCAAAUAUUUUUCAUCUCGAACCUCUCUUUGCAGGACAGUAACCUGCUCAAUACAAUUUGGCCGAUAGUUGUUAGUGGACAGGUUGUCAAAGUCACCAGCAUCAUGACGUCGACGAUACCAUUCCUCAAGCCAUUUCUUGUUAGUCUCGAGUCGUCCUUGACUCUCAACCCGAGCAGCGUAAUUCACACGACAACACUGGGCUACAAAACGACAGGGAGCACAGGCCGCCACCCAUCGAGUUACAUCAAGAUUGGGACUCCAAACAGCCAAGGCACAAGAAGCAACAAACUCAACAACAUUUGGGUCAGUGCAGAUUUUGAAGUCAAGGGAGAGCCUAGUAUGGAAUUAUCCGAGCGGAGAGGGAAUUGAAGAGUUAAUGGACACGGAGGCUCUAAGCUCGGCAAAAUAGCGUGCACUAGUUGCACCUGUCUUUGGUAUGUAUUAAUGAUAUGUAUGUAGUCACCCACAAACACACACUCGCAAUGAAGACCAAAAU